GGUUCAUACUGGUUUAUACUGGCCCACGUUGAUCUAUGUUAGUCCAUACUGGUCCAUACUGGUUUAUGUUAGUUCAUACUGGUCCACACUGGUUUAUACUGGCCUAUACUGGUCCAUGCUGGUUUAUACGGGCCUAUACUGGUUUAUACUGGUUUACGUUAGCUCAUACUGGUCCAUACUGGUUUAUGCUAAUCUAUACUGGUCCAUAUUGGUUUAUAUGGGCCUAUACUGGUUUAUACUGGUUUAUGUUAUUUCAUACUGGUCCAUGCUGGUUUAUACUGGUCCAUACUGGUUUAUGCUGGUUUUCUCUGCCCCAGGAGCCCAAGGAGCUGCUGGAGUCGGAUGGGGACAGAGAGGAAGGAGCGGCCCCACAUGCGACCCCCACGGUGGGGGGGGAAAGCCCCCCAGGCUCGCGCUCGCCGUGGCUGUGGCCCUGCACGUCCUGCACCUUCCUCAACGUGGCUCCUGCUGUGCUCUGCGCCGUCUGUGAGCGCCCGCGCCUGGCCCCACGGCCUCCCCCUGCCCCACAGAACGGAGCCCCGCAGCGCCAUAUCGCGACGUACGGGGACGUAUCGCGACACGGCGACCCGUCAGAACCUGGAGACUCGUCACGACGUGAUGACAUAUCGCAAUACAUGGAUAUAUCGCGACAUAUCGGCUCGAUAUCGCGACCUCAGGGCUCGUCGGGACAGGAAGAGCCACCAGGACGCGGGAAUCUAUCACAAUACGGGGGUUUAUUGCGACACAAGGGCCCGUCGCGACACGAAGACCCAUCGGGACGUGCGAAUCUAUCGCGAUAUGGGGAUAUAUCGCGAUACGAGGACGCGGAGCAGCGGCGGCAGGAGAAGCUGCGGAGAGAUGGGAUGAGGACGGUGCAGAUGGUGCGGGAGGCGGAGUCCCAGUCGGUGCCGGUGGAGGCGGUGCUCGGAUUGGCUCAGGCCGCCGGGGGCGGGGCCAAAGGGGCGCUGCUUCGAGCCAGGGCGGCGCUGGGGGCGGAGCUGCGCCUUUUGAUGACGUCAUCGGGGAGCGACGCUUCCGGCCCCGCCCUAAAGGAAGCCGCCGUCGCCUGGAUCAGGGCGCGCGGAAGUCCCGCCCUCGCCUUGCAAGGCAUGAUGGGAGAGAGGAGGAGGAAGCUCCGCACCCUGCUCUCCCUGGGCUUCCCCCGCUCGGAGGCCGAGCCCGCCCUGCAUCACGUGGGUUGGUCCCUGCGCCGGGCUUUACCGGAAGUGCAGCGCCGGAAGCUCCACCCCUUCCUGUCCCGCCUUUGGGAGCCGGAAGAGCCGCCGCUGGAUUUCGGCUGCGGGGAUCAGCAGGCUCUGGCCCGCAGGGCUCUGGCCACGCUGUCCCUGCCCAGCUGGGGCCGCGCCACGCUGUUUGUGGCCAUGGGCAGGGAAUUGGGGCUGAGCCCCGGCUCGGCCGCGGCGCCGGGUUUGAAGGCGCUGCUGGAAGCCGUGCGGAGCUGCGCAGACCGGGCCCAGAUCCGACGGCGCCUGCGCUGCGACUGCGCCGUGUGCGGAUGGGCGCUGCCCAGGGAGCAGAUGAGGUGGUUGACGGGCUGCGAGUGCGCCCUGUGCCCCGAGUGCUUCAGGCAGCAUUUCACCAUCGGGGUGAAGGAGAAGGCCGUGGCUGACCUGGUUUGCCCGGCCUGCGGGCGGCCCGACCUGCGGGAUGAGGCGGCGCGGCUCUGCUACUUUUCCACCUUGGAUGUGCAGGUAAAAAGGGGGGCAUAAAGGGGGUUGUGAGGGGCUUUGUGGGGUUUCUGUGGGGAUCUAUAGGAAUUUGUGCGUUCCUAUGGGUCUCUGGGGUUUUUGUGGGGGUCUGUAGGGUUUUAUGGGUUCUCUGUGGGUUCCUAUGGGGUUUCUGUAGAG